CGUCAUCACAUCGUCGAAAGCCGGUCAGUCAUCGGCGGAGCAUAGAUCGGAGAACUUCCACCAGUGAAACCGGUUUUAUUCGUUAAUCGUUUAGUGUUUGUUCCUUAUUGGUUGUGUCGUCGUUAUCAGACUCCAGUAGAAGUGAGUGAUAAAACAAUGGCCAGUGCAACUGCUGCCCUCCCAGAUGUGCUGAAGAAUCUUUUCAGCCACAUCGAUGCCAACAAGAGCAAAUACAUCUCCGCUCUGGCUGAGGCGGUCGCUAUCAAAUCGGUAUCUGCUUGGCCCGAUUCGCGACCAGAAAUUUUCCGCAUGGUUAACUGGGUGGCGGACCGUCUGAAGGCGUUGGGCUCCACUGUGGAACUGGCCGACGUUGGUAAGCAGACCUUCCCCGAUGGACGGGUGCUGGAUCUGCCUAAUGUGAUUCUGGGAACGCUGGGCAACGAUCCCGCCAAAAAGACCGUCGUCCUGUAUGGGCACUUGGAUGUUCAACCGGCCAUUCUGGAGGACGGUUGGGACACGGAACCGUUCGUGCUGACCGAGAAGGAUGGCAAGCUGUUCGGUCGUGGUGCCAGCGAUGAUAAGGGACCGGUUCUGGGAUGGAUCCACGCCAUCGAAGCGUACCAAGCUAUUGGAGAACCUCUGCCAGUGAAUUUGAAGUUCGUUUUCGAAGGUAUGGAGGAAUCCGGCAGCGAGGGACUGGACGAGCUGUUGUUCAAGCGCCAGAAUGACUUUUUGUCUGGCGUGGAUUUCGUGUGCAUCUCGGAUAACUAUUGGUUGGGUACGACCAAGCCUUGCAUCACUUACGGGCUGAGAGGUAUUUGCUACUUCGAUGUGGAGGUUGGAUGCUCUGGAAAGGACUUGCACAGUGGAGUGUUCGGUGGCACGGUUUAUGAGGCCAUGAACGAUUUGGUCUAUUUGCUGGGAACACUUGCCGAUAAGGAGGGAAAGAUUCUGAUUCCGAAUCUGUAUAAGGAGGUGGCUCCUCUGCUCCCGAACGAACAGGAGAUGUACGAUGCGAUCGAUUUCGACGUUUCGGAAUACCGUGAUCAGUUGGGAGCACGUCGCCUAAUGCACAAUGAAGAUAAGACCAAAAUCCUGAUGCAUCGCUGGCGCCAGCCAAGUCUCUCAAUUCAUGGCGUUGAGGGAGCAUUCUACGAACCCGGCCAGAAGACAGUCAUUCCGAAGAAGGUAAUUGGCAAAUUCUCCAUCCGUAUCGUUCCGGAUCAGACCCCGGAUCUGGUGGAGAAAUACGUCACAGAGUACCUGACCACCAAGUGGGCCGAACGUGGCUCGCCAAACAAGUUUGCCGUCCGCAUGGCUCACGGUGGCAAACCAUGGACCGAAGACCCGAAUCAUCCUCACUACCAGGCGGCCAGUGUUGCCACCAAGUAUGUGUACGACGUCCACCCGGAUAUGACCCGUGAGGGCGGUUCAAUUCCCGUUACGUUGACUCUGCAGCAGACUACCGGAAAGAAUGUCCUGUUGCUUCCGAUGGGUGCUUCGGACGACGGUGCUCACUCGCAGAACGAGAAGAUCGAUAUCCGCAACUAUAUCGAGGGAACCAAGUUGCUGGGAGCUUACCUGUUCGAAGUGGCCAAGAUCAAGUGAGGGAAUCGUCAGAGAAAGUUAUUAAUUGGUGGUCAUCACAAUAAACAUCACAGUUAACAAGUAAA